AUGACAACAGAAAGUGAAGGAAUUGAUAGAAACGAAGGGUCUGACCAUUCAGGAACACCUUCUGUCGAUUCCGACAACUCAAAUUCUUCUCGAGGAAAUAAUAAAAGUAGUCAAACUACAACCCACCUACGGCCCUCAUUACAAGGCGUAGGGCGUUCAAGUUCAUCCUCGAAUGUAUCAGUCAACACUUCCAACCUCAUUUCUCAUCGAAAACCCCAUCCAUCGAGGCUAAAGACACACAAUAGAUCAUUGUCCCACAAUAAAUUGCUAAACAAAUUGUCAACGUCCACCACUCCUGCAACAGUAAGACCAAACUUGAAUCGAUCCAAGUCUACCGAUGGUUUGACCAAAGGUGGCCGACAUGCUACAGCAUUAAAGAGAAACAAUCGAUCAUUCACAAAGAUUACUGGUUUGCAGCCCUUGACAAAGACUGUUUCCAAUCAGUCUGUGAAAUCCAACAAAUCAAGUUCAUCGCUCAAAGGGUUAGGCGUGGUAUCAUCUACUGCUACUGGAGGGAUCAAGCCCAGUGCACGUAGGGGAAAAGCAACCAUAAACUUGGAAGAUGACGAUAAAGAGUACGAGGAUGUUGAUGAACCACCAGAUGAAAAGGAUGUGGCUGCACCUCAGCCCGAAAGAUUUGACAGUCAAGAAACAGUCUCAACAACACACCUGACAUCAGACCAGAACAUUCCUAGUCUAUACGAACAAAUUAAUCGAAUACUUCCGGACCCUACACCGCAAGAUAGUGCUGAUUACGACAAUCGCCCAAAACUUGAUGUUGUGGAAGAGGGCAAACCUGUUAAUGAUAAAACAACAAACAAAGGUGAACCACGGAGACCUGACCUAGUAUCGUCGGUACAAAGUUCAGCUGAGGAUGUUACUCAAAAUAAUAACCUUUAUGGGAGCUCGCUACUUCUUUCGCAGUCCACUGGGGUAGUCAGGAAAAUCGAUCCAAUCAAUGCAAAGGUGACCGAGAUUUAUCCUAAUAGACAAGGUCAAAAUGACACACAACAACCAGAGUCUGUUAGUGGUAUUUCAUUUAAAGCAAACCCAAUGGAAGCAGUUAACAACAAUAACAACAUUGCAAAACCUGUAACUACAAAUCAAAACGUGAGCCAGAAAAAUUCGUACCAGCCAGAUCAAACAAUAUUCACCAACUUGCAAAGAACAAAUAAUCAGUACAUGCAGGGCAAGCAAACGAGUGAGCGUUUGCCCAAUACGCGACCUAUUCAAACCAGUAAAAACACAAAUCCACUAAACAACGGUGCGAACAACUAUGGGGAAUUUCUUCGAAGCACGUCAUCUUCGUCUGAUCUGCAACAUGGCCCAUCAAAAAACAUCGAAACAAGAACACAGCAAAAACUUUGGCUACAAAGAGAGAGCUCGCUUUUAGAUGUCACCAAUAUGGACCCCGCCAGAAGAUCGAACUUUUCUAAUCUAUCACUAAACAAUUUAAUGUUUUCGCAUAAUUACAAUCAGAGUCAUUCGAGUGGACAAUGGCCAAGUAACCCAAACUCGUACCAGAGUCAGCAUGGCGUAUCCUCAACCAUUGGCCCAUUAACACCUGUUACUCCGGGGACCGUUCAAGGUGUACCUGGCUUCAGCAAUGGAACAAUCACCCCCGAUAGAGGUAUGUCUAAUGUUAAUGUAAAUGGCCUACUUCAUGUGGUCCAGAACGCGCAUCAAAAUUCUAUUCAGUCAAGAACUGAGUUUGAGAGGCUCAACCGGGAAUAUCUAAAUGUGAGGAGACACCUCAACCCUGUUGGCGAGGGUUUGAACAGACUUAAGAGUGUUACCGAGGGUCACAAUGAAAUUAAAGUUGCCAAGUCGAAAAAGCGUCCUGAGAGUAGUAAUGCUAACGCAAAUACUUUUGAGGAAUUUGCCCCCUCAUUCCACGCAAGACAAGCAGAAACCAUGGGAACUGUGAAUAAGAUUUGGCAGGACGCCAUUUUGUGGACGCUAUCUUCCUCAAGAGUAGGGCCAUACUCACAAGAGAAUGCGACAAAUCCACAACACCCACCAAAUAACAGAGUGUCUUCUUUUGUUCAAAAUUCACCCUACGCUAAACAUGGUCAGCACCAGUCUGCUCGAGCUGUUAAGCUUGCUCAAAACCAGUCACAUGUUGAUUGA